UCCGCUUGUGUCUUAUCAGUCCUUUCUCUCUCUUGCUUUAACUCGGAUCCGUUUACUAUCAUUUCAUUUUCCUCUUACGUGUGGUUUUAGGAGCACUCCACCCAUUCACUCUCUCUCUAGGACUCACUAGCCCCUGCAGCUUUUCCUCUUCAGGCCGGGUACUUUUAACUCUUAACUCUUGAGUCUUAACCUGCACCCUCUUUCACACAACAAGAAAGGAUCUCACUCAGAAAUGCUCCUUCGUCGUCCCUUCCACUUCUGUUCCAACCCCAUCGUCAUCACCACGCUGCACCUAUCCCCCUACCUUCCCUAAACACACACUCUUACUUUCUUUCUUUCUUUCUUCCACUUCCCACUUUCCUUACAUGGACUUCCCAGGGAACAUGUUCUGUCUCGGAAACCGAGACCUUAAUAACGGUAACGCCUUCGCUUGGGACUCAUGGGAAGCCACCACUAAUGAUAAUAACAACAAUACCAACAACAACAACAACGGUUCGAGGCUUCUCAACGCCUUCCACGGGGAGGGAUCCGCUGCGGGGCUGGCCAACGCGCUCAUGUUCCUGCCGCAAAACGGCGGCGUUUUGCGUCAGCGGCAGCAUGCGUACGGAGGGGAGGGGUCUUCUCACUCGCACUCGCACUCGCACUCGCACGUGCACUCCGACCCGCACCUCACGUGCUUGAAGCUCGGGAAGAGGCAUUACUUUGAGGACGCGAACGCGAGCGGAGGCGGAAGCGGAGGCGUGGCGCCUGGGUUGGCGUUGGGGGAUAAGAGGGGGAAGGGGUGCUCUGCUGGCGCCGCCGCCGCCAAGGCGGUGGGGUUCACGGCGGCGGCGGCGACGGUGCCGAGGUGUCAGGUGGAGGGGUGCCACGUGGCGCUCUUGAACGCGAAGGACUACCACAGGAGGCACAAGGUGUGUGAGAUGCAUUCCAAGGCUCCCAGAGUUGUGGUGUUAGGGAUGGAGCAGAGGUUCUGUCAGCAGUGUAGCAGGUUUCACGUGGUGUCAGAGUUCGAUGAUUCAAAGAGGAGUUGUAGGAGAAGACUAGCAGGUCACAACGAGAGAAGAAGAAAGAGCUCCCAUGAUUCUGUUGCAAGGAAUUCUUCACAAGGAGGGUGUGCUCUCUCUCUUCUGUCAUCUAGAAGUGAUUCAUGGCUUUCUCCUUCUGACCUCUCCACAAGAUGCAGUGCGGCGUUGCGCGAAUUGAUCGCAGAAAACCGGGCAGCAAUCAUGGCCAGGCAGUUUGUUUCAGAUAGAGAUUGGCAUUUUCACCACCAUGCAGCGGAAGAGUUCAAGGAGAUCCAACCUGAGUCCAAUUACCUCCCACAACAGAUGUUUCCGCAGACACAGUGAAGAAGGAUCCAUGAGGAAAUGAAAGAGCUCAAGCUACUUGGCCCAAAGGUUAGGGUAACAAGAUUUCAGAUUGUGGACAUUUAUGGUUAAUGCCUAAAGAAAGGGCAGUGUGUGUGACUCAAGUUUUCAAUUCUUUAAUUUGCUAAAAAUAAAAGUUUAGAACUUCUUUACAGGGCCAGGGUGCUAGCUAGCUAGACUAAUUUAUUAGGCUAAUAAAUCCUAAGGUUGUAUUUGCAUCUCUGUAUGUUUCUGUGUUUGCAAGGUUGUUUUACAUUGAAUUCAAUCACUUGAAAGUUAUAUUGAAUAAUUGGGUUCA